UGCACAUAUAUUUGUCAUGGAUCUUGUAAGUUGGCCAUUCCGAUAUAACCAACACCUGUCCUAGCGUCCAAUGAAGGACAUGAAAUGAGGUUGUUGUUCUUGUUUAUGGAUGCGUUGUGCAGAGUUGGGUUAGUUGAACUUGCUCGCUGUUCUUUGUCCGUUUCUUAUAGCUCAGUGAUAUCGUCCCCUUCUGACCCUAUGUUGUAAUGCACCAGUGGUUCCUGUGUUUUAUGUUUUUGUGAAUAAGACAUUUAAAAUAAAAGGUUACGAUGGCUGGAUUUGCCUUACGGAUGAAAAGUAAAUCGGGGCAAACGGUGAUAAAGGGGUUGACGCCACAAAGCACUGUGGCGGAAUUGAAGGGGAAACUGUCAUCCUUAACAAAUAUCAGGGAGAAGGCCCUUCAUGUUCUGUCAGGAUUUCCACCGAAACCUCUUGAUUUAAAACAGUCCGAUAUUACACUGGAAGCAAUUGGAAUUACCUCGGGUGAUACUCUUAUUAUAGAGGAACGAGAUAAUCCCGGGGAGGAGAAACAAACCGAUAAAGAAUCGACAGCACCCCAGAUGGAAAGAAGAAUUCAUAUUCAAGAAAGUCAAUUAGAGAGACCGGGGAUCCUUAUGAGAAAAGUUGUGCCAGCGGAUAAUUCAUGCUUAUUUACCAGUAUUGGUUUUGUUCUUGGAGGAAAAGUGGAUCCAACUUGUGCCCCAUUCAUGCGGCAGAUUAUAGCAGAAACAGUUGCUGGUGAUUCUGGAACGUAUUCUGAAGCAAUUCUAGGACAACCAAACCAUUCAUAUUGUGAGUGGAUUCUAAAACCUGACUCAUGGGGUGGUGCCAUAGAAUUAGCUGUUCUUUCUCAGUUUUAUGGGAUUGAAAUAGCUGUAGUGGACACAUUGAAUGCUAUUAUAAACAGAUUUGGGGAAGAUCAACGAUAUGCACAACGAGUGUUCCUUGUUUUUGAUGGGAUUCAUUAUGAUCCUCUAUAUCUAGAGCCAUUUGAGGGAGGCAGUGUGCAAACCAUUUUCCUCACAACAGAUGAACGAAUUUUGCAAGAAGCAGAACAAUUGGCUCUGGAGGCGAAAUCAAGUCGACAAUACACUGAUGUUCAUCGCUUUUCCCUCAAGUGCCUUGUCUGUCAAGAAAUGCUUGUUGGUCAGGUAGAGGCUCAGCAGCAUGCAAAAGCAACAGGUCACAAAACAUUUGGAGAGACUGCAUCAUAAUGUGAUAUAUAUUUUUAGGCACAUAUAUUGUAAUUAUUUAUAUUAUCUCGUUUUUCUUUUAAUAUUUCGUAAAGCUCGAUUUUUCAUUGUUAGAGGCUCUUUACAAUUGUAUUGGUUAUAUUUAUAUUGGUAUAUUUUGAUUAAUUUAUUCUUCAAUUGUACAUUUAAGAAAUAUUGUUUGUUUUAUGUUUUUGUAGUGUGAUUAUGGGAGAGGGUGUUCAUAAAGUUUAGGAUCUCUUUUUACUUUAUAAAUUUGAAAUUAAAUUUAAAAUAUAUACAUUUUUUAAUUUUUUGGAAAACUGGAAUAUUUUUUGGAAACUGAAAUUUGAAUACAUUUAUGUUCGCUCAUGGACCAAUAUUUGAGAGUAAUGGCAGAAACUUCAUCUUCUGCCGGGAAGAACGUUCCAGUACAUAAAUUGUUGAAAUAACAUGAAUAUUUACCAAAAGUGAAAUUUUUCACAUAUCUCUGAUUUAUUGUUUAUAUUAAAGAAUGUUAAUGUUUUCCUGAAUUUCAUGGACACUUACUACAGUUUUUCUGUGGUAUCCAGUGUGGGGAAAUGUGGAAUGCAUAAUGAUAAAUACAUUUUUCUGUGAUCUUGAGUGAUUAAAGAGUCAUAUCACAUUUGCGGGUAAAUGUAUUUUGGUACAACUGGAGCAGUACUUGAAACAAAAAGUAUAGAUCCUUUUUACUCUUGUGCUGUCUGACAGUUUCUUUAAAAGAUAUGCCUUCCAGAUAAUUUAUUAGCAUUGGUUACAUUCUGCAUUUAGUAAUUGGUAGAUAACUAUCCAAAGAAUAAUGUGUUCACCAUUUUCCUCAGUUUGUGUGUAUAGAUAUGCUGCAUAUAUAUUUAGAAAAUACAUUUUUACCAUUAACAUUUAGAAUAUGAUACAAAAUAUAUUUGCCCAUUGUAUCCUGUUUUUAGGAGCAUUUUGGCCAAUAAUAUUUUAUGAAUUACAGACAAACAAAUAUCUGAAAUGUUUGUGUGAUAACUAGCUUAUCUUCACUGCAAGAGGCAAGUUUUAAGAAAAUAAUCACAGCCAAACAACAUUCUUCCACAUUCUGUAGAUUGUUCAGUGGCAAGUUUAGUUGAAAACUUCAAGUAAAGCAUACAGUUUUGAGCCAUAAUUAAAAUGGGUUGAGCCACUUCUAAAUGUCCAUUUUUUAAUUUUUUUUUCUUCUUACUUUGUAGAAAAGGCUAGCUUGCAAAUUCUUGUAAACAAUUCCUUAAUUUAUUUUGUAAAUUGUGUAAACAAAUCCUUCUUAAACUGUGGUAUUUUUUCAUUGGGCUUAGAAAAAAAUGUGUUCAUCUCGAUAAUACUAUUGUAUGUAUGAAUUAUUUGUCAUUUGGGGGUUACAGUUUUAUCAUUGGUAAUGACAUAUUUAUAAUCAGCGCUGCUCAUACUGUACAUAUGCAUAAAGAAUGCAAAAUAAGAAAUUAAUAGGAAUCUUAGAUUAGUAUCUUUUGAUUUCAAAUAGGUGGUUAUUGUUUAAGGGUCAUCUAUUAUAAUUUAUAUUACUCAUUACCUUUUUUUGUUAGUUAUUACAAGAGUUGGAUGAUGUUAUUUCUGUAAAAGUUAUGGAUUGUACACAUUACAGAUUAAUCCAUCCAGUCAUUAAGUACUAGAAAUAUUAUUUUAUUAUUCAUUGCUAGAAAAGCCCUAAUGUGAAAGAACUAUUUAUGUGAACUUGAGUCAAGUCACAAUUUAAUUGUUGGCUAGGGUCAAGUGACUUGGAUGGAAAUUUCUCUCUCAUUUUACUGUGCAAGUAAAAGUAAAGGCUAAUGGAAUAGACUUAUAGGAUAUAAAAAAAUCCCAACAUCUUAUCCGUUGUUGGCAAUUUUGAGAGGCUGUUUUAGCCUGUUCGCUUAAUAAUUUCAAGUUAAGGUAGACCGAAUAGUAGAUGCAAAGGGCUUGCCCUCAGCGCAAAAUUAAAUUUAAAUUCACUACAAAGUACCUGCACUAUUAAGUGUCUUGUGUCCUCAUUUCAAGAACCCUUUUUUUAACUUACAUUUUAUCUUUAUACUGUACUGAAAUUCUGUUUCUGUUGGCAUAGCAUGUAUGUAUAUAAAGACGCAUGGUGAUUUUAGAUGAAACUUGAGAGUUGCUAGUCAUUUGUAUUAAAGUUCAUAAAUUUCAAAUUUGAUCAUGUUGAAAUGGGGAUAUUAAUUGUAAUUAUUAGCAAUAUAUAAUACUGCCAGAACCAUGAACUCGUUUAUCAACAUAUUUACUAGUUUCUAUAAAGUUCCAAUUCUGUAUAUUUUGAGUUGUUGUUUUUUUUUUUUUUAAUCCUUUUUCUCUGUUUAUCAGAAGUUUAAGGUAUUUCUGUGAAAUGCUACACAUCUUGGUUUUAAAAGUAUUGCAAAGCUGUGAUACUGUGAUUUAAUCAUGUACACUAGUAGAAUAAUAUUUCUUUUUCCACUAGCAAGUUUUGAAGAGGUUUUUGAAAAAUCGAAAGUCACAUUGCACAUCAUCUUUUAACCGGAUAGCCACUUUUUGGAAAACCAUGAAAGUGGGGGAAUUUCAUUGACCAGAAAAAUUCAAAUAAUUUGAAUUAUUUGUUUGAAAUAUAGGAAUUUUUUUGGCAAAACUAGAACAAAAUAUUAUUUACAUUAAGACAACAUUAUUUUUGGCGAGUUUUUACUUGUGAAGUAAUGGUUUGUUAAUUGGUUCUUAUGUCAAUACCAGAGUUGACAAAUAGGUUCUCAUGUUUUGCUUCAAUUUAAAGUUUUGUUAAAUUUGUGUGAAAUACUCUACAAAUCUUAUUUUGGAACAAAAAUUAUAAAUUGUUGAAAAAAGUUGGGAAAUUUGUCCUAGAAAGUGAGUAGUUACUCUGUUCAAUUUCUGUAUGUUUUUCUUGUAAGAAGUUACGGACAGAUUUUAAUGUACACAACUAGUAUUAUACCACACCCAAGAACAACUUGUUGAGUGAACUUACUGAUUGACAUUACUGAGAACAAAUCGGGAUGUAAAGCUAUUAAGUAAGUGAUAUUUCAUUUCUUUUGAAAUAAUAAAUUCCAAUUUACUAUUCAGUAUCCUAGCAGCGAUGAAUUUCAAAAUUAUUGUAAUUGCACUAUUUUCUGAUUAUGCUAUUUAAGUACUUACAUUUCUGAUAGUUAUUCCUGUAAUAUACAUGAUUUAAAAUAAUACCUCAGACAAAGUGUGAAGUAAAUUAUCUUUGUGUAUAAUGUUAUUAAUUCUGAUGUUUCUUCUAUACAAGUUCAAAGGAAUUGUCACCAUAUUUUGCUUGUGUUGACUUGAAAGUGGUGAAAAUGUCCAUAUGGGUUCCUUGACUUAAUACCUUCCUAUUGUGUUAAACAUUAAGAAAGUUGAAAAUUUCAUUACUGGUAUGUACGAAAUCUUAGUAUUAUCGGAUUAUUAAUACUAAUCUACUGAAAUCAUGUUGCCAGUGUUAAGUAUUUGAAUUGAAAAUGGAAGAUAAAAAUGAAGUGGAAAAGUGAAAACAGUGUUCCAAAUGAAUUAUCAGUUAAUGCAUAAAUAUUAUGCGAGAAAGUUAAAAUAAGAUUCAUAUUAUAUUAAUUUUGUUAAUUUCAGAAUAUCCUUACAUGCUUUUUUAUUGUAGAAGAGAAGGUUAACUUCUUAGUUAAUUUUUUGUAUUAAUUGCAAAUCGUACACAAACAGGUAUCAUGGGAACUGUUCUCUCUUUUUUUUUUCUUUCUUUCUCCCUGGGAUACCUGAGCAUUGUGUUUAGAGGGGAAAGUAAUGUUGGUGAUGGAUGAUAGUUUGAGGGGAUUUAAAAGUUUGGGCAUUCAAUCAUUUGAACUACGAUGAAGUUCAACGCAAAGAAGUAUUUUUGAGUGCAAAAAUAUUCAAUCUAAAAUUUUUAAUGUUGUGGAAAUAGUGUUAGAAUUCAUCAUGUUCAUUCAACCUCUUUUGUAUUUGUAAUGUUAACGUGUUCAAUACAUAUUGUAAUUUAGUGAAGUAAAUACAAAAUCAUUCAUCCGGUUAACCUAACAUGUCACUUUUGAAAAUUGUUUAAAGAAAUUAUUUUUUAAAAUUUUCCGAUGCAAAGGCAAGGUGCCCUUCAAAGAGAGUAUUUCAAUAGCUUAUUUUCGAUGAAAGUACCAGGGAGUCUUCAAACUUGUGAUAAUGUAUAAAAAUGUGUCUUUUGAUCAAACAUAUCACUAUUAAUACUACAGAAUUGAAAACUAAAUCAGUUUGUUAACAUUAACGUUCUCUAUGUAAAUGAACCAUUUGCUGCAAGAAUUUGAUGCAAUAAUGUUGCAUAUGAGAGAGGGAUACAGUGCUAAUAAUUUCCUGGAGGUAAUUUCCUGAUUUGUUAUUGUGCUGAAAUGUCAGCAAUUGAUAGCACCCCCUCUGAAUUUUCUAUGGGAAUAGGCAUGUGUUCUUUGUAGAAUAUAUGAUAAAAUUAUGAUGAUAGUAAGAACAAUAAUAAUUAUAAUUUCGUGCAACAUGGUUUCGUUGAUACAUUGGUGUGAUUCCAGAAGCCAUGGAAGUUGGCAACCACCACCCGUUAAUUUUUAAAGAUUGUUUUGCAACUCCUAACUUUUUGCAAAUUGUUUGUUGUUUUUAAGACAUUUUUGGCCUGAUUUUAAAUUAUUCUUCUCAGCAAAGGCAAAGAAUGAAGAAGCAAAACAUAAGAUUUCUUGUGUAAUUGGUUGAUUAGUGCUUGCAAUAGUAGUUUAGGAAUUCUUUGGAGGAGUAAAUUCAUUUUCUAGAAACAUAUACAAGAAUCCCUCUUGUUAUGAUGUAAUAUGAUCUGAUUUCUUUUGUGUGAGGUAGUCAUGUUUCAACAGGCCCUCUAGGGCCUAGUUUGUCACAUUUGUGAAAUUACUUCAGCAAUUUUUUUAUACUUCCGAAUGCUUAAUAAUUUCCCCUUCUCUGGAUUUCAGAAGUUUCUAUGGAGUAGGUCACAGUCGUAAUCAGUUUCAAUAUAUGUUUAAAGGAAGUUGGUGAAACAGUUUAAACAAGUUUUUUGAAACUGUUUGAUACCUUUUUAUAUAUGUAUUGGAAAAUUUCUUCCUGUGAUUAAAGUUGAAUGUCUAAAUAAAUCUUAAAGUAUAAUGUAUUGAAAGAUUUUUUUUAUCACCACAAUUUAAAUAUCUAAAAGAAUUCACAAUUUUUAAUUUUUUAUAGGAUUUGUUGAUCUUUUUGUAUGUUCAGUUAUCUAAUUGAUGUAUUGCUGAUUAAUAUAAUUGAAUGUGUUAUUUCAAAUGUUUUGUAUGUAUUUUUCUUGAAGAUAUAAAAUUCUGGUCACUUCAUUAUUUCAUAAUCAAAAAUGUUUAUUGACCUUGUGUUAUGUGAAGAGUAGUCUUCCUCCACGAUAAUAGUUAUUUUAAGGAGAGUUAGGAAUCUGUUAAUUGCAAAUUUUUCAUGCUCAGAAAUUAGUGUACUGUAUAAUUGAUAAUAAACGAUUAGUUUAGCUCUGAAAGAAGUCUCAAAUUUUUCUUCUUUCAGUAAUAGUUAUUCAUUGAUAAGUUUAAAAUGUACUAAUUCAAGAGUGGGGUUCAAUUAUGUGUUUAGUCUGUUUGAAAAUUGCUUUUAGUUCACGUAUUUAAGACAUGUGUAAAUUUAUAAAAUUCUUUUGUAAUUGCAUAUGGUUUAAAAAAUCAAUACUAGUUUGUAAUAGAUUCACUGUUCAUCAAUGUACUUUUGGUGAAUUUAAUGUUCAGAGUUUCCAUGUAAGUGAAUCCAGGCAGUGGUAGCUUGCCAAUACCAAUUUCAGUGAAUACUACAAGUGAGAACACUACAAUUCAAAUUGCUAUAGAAUAAUUUGUAUCUGGUUGCAAACAGAAUUCAACUAAAAUGUGUUGUGGGAUAAUGUUAGUUUUGUCUUUGAUUAAAAACACAGUUUUAUAAUACGACUUUGUAAUUACAAUAACUGAUCAGAGUUUGAAAAUAGUAAGAUUUAUUUCACAGGACAGUAGUAUUUUUCCCCUUCAAUAUGCAUCUUCACCUUGAUUGCUCAAAGUUGACAUUACACUCCAUUGUUCAUUUUGUAUUAAUAUAAGUAAUGUGAAGUACAGUAUAUUACUUUUCUAAAUAAUGCCAGUGUAUAUUUUUAUGAAACAACAUUGGGUAAACAAUGGACAGUCUUGUCAGAAUUAUGUUUUAAAUACAUUUACUAUUUGAGAUCACAUAUAUACAUUGGUUUAACAAAGGGAGACCCCCUGAUUUUGUGAGUUUGAGUUGUCACAUUUAUUUAUGUAUUUAUGUGAAAUUAUGGACAUAAGUGUCAUUUGACAUGAAAUAUGUAUUAUUAUGAUUAAAAUUGCUCUACACACUUAUUUCGCUAUCAAAAAAGUGAUGAAUUCGACUGAAAUAUACUAAUAUCAUUAUCAUUCAAGUAUUAGUGGGGUAGGAAAGGAAAGAAAUGGAUAGGAAAAAAACCUGCAUUGCUUUCUAUAAAAUGAUCUCCAAACGUGUUUUUGAAGCCCCCACAUGUGGCUCCAAAUCAUGUGAGUGAGAGAAAUGCCCAUGAUCAGUUUUUCGACUCUGGACAGCAGGUUUUGGGCUCUGGUUUAGUUUUAGUUAUAAUGUUUCACUGAAACUUCAGUGAAAACUUCCGUAAGGUUGUUGUAGAGGGCUGGAAUGUCAGUCGGUGAUAAUUUACUGUUGACCCUUAAUGAAUUUGCUAUGUAUGCUUUCUUGCAGAGUAUGAAACAAAAUUAAUAGUGGAAUGAAAAUUUUAAUUUUUUUUUAACUAUAUCAUUUUGUUUCUCUCCAUUGUAGACUUCUUGUUAUGCCUAUGUAUGUAUACAAGUUAUGCCUUUGUAUAUUACAAUGCUUAUUAUGAAUGAAGUUUCACUUGUGUAUUGAACAAUGUUAUUGCAGACUUUCUUACAAAAAAAUUGCUGGAAUAUUCAGUGUAUUUUGGUAAAUUGAAAUGCCCUCUACAACAAACUUUCUCAUCUGGACGGCGUUUUUAAAUUAGGUUUAUUUGUAAGUCUCUGGAGAAAAUAAAAUUAGAGUGAGUGUGAUGGAAAGCAAAGCGAGAUAUUUCUUAUAGACAUUGGUACUACUUUUUCAGUCUUCUUCUCAAGAUAUUUCUUCAUCAGUUCACUGUAGAUAAUGCAACAAAUGUGGAUAACUGAAAGGUGUGGGUAAAUUGUAUCUUUCACAAUCUCAUAUUUUCAGUAAAUUGAGGUGAAAUUUUGUUACUUUUCUUAUCAAGAGAACUUCUUGCAGAAUUUUUUUUUUUUAUUUCUGGAAGUUGAAUUCCUACUGACUGUGAAAUAAUUAAAGUAGGUUUUUUAUGUAAAUGUAUUUUCUCAAAUAUCUCAAAAAUUGGCAAUAAAACAUACUCUAAUUACCAAGCUAAUGAAGUAUAUACUUGCAGCAGGUUGUGAUCUACCAGGAAAAAAAUAAAUUUGAAAGCGGAAAUAAAAGUUCAGGAGAGAAAGGAUGAGAAACACUAUUCUAGAAAGCAAUAUAGACAGAUGAGUUAAUUGAAUCAUAUUAUGAAACAUUUAUACCACUAUUAAUGUUACAGAUUUUCGUGUUUAAUUUUUGUAACAAAACUAACAAAAGUAUUUUGAGAUUUUUUUUCUAUCUUUAGGUUGUUUAUAUUGAUUGUAAACAAGAGGAAUAGCUUCAUUGAAUUUGAAUGACAUUGAUCACUUUUGAAUCUUAUUUUGCUCCAUUUUAAUUUUAUGUCUAUCAUUGUUAGUCUGACAAUUACAUUUGUCUAUUUGAAGUUAUAUUGUGCCUUAAAAGGCAGUUGUUUUAAUAUAUGUAUAGUUGUCAUGACUUUGUAUCAUAAUGAGAUAAAUGAGAAUUACCUUUUUGAAAUUUUUGUUCAAUUGUACAUAAGAUCAUUGUGCAAAUACAAAGAAGAACAUUGUAUCUUGAGUAUCAGCCUGUGGUUACAUCCAAGUUGUAUGGGGAGAUAAACUGAGAGCUUUGUUAGUGAAACCAUGUUAAAGCUACUCAGAUAUCUCAAGUACACUUUGCUCUGCUUUACAAUACUAGUCGAUUUUUGUUCACAUCUCAAACACCUGAGCUGUAAACUGUGAUUAAAGCAGAGGGUAAACUGAUAUUUCAUCAGCUGGGACACGCUAUUCAGUUGGGAGAUUUAUUAGAACUUAAUUUUUUAAAUUGAAACUCCUGAUUGGAUAACCACAUCUUAGCUGAUCAAAUGUCAUUGUACACUCUCUUUUAAUUGAAGAAUAAUUUUCCAAUUCAUAUUCCUUGCCUAGUAUACACUGGACUUAUUGCAUGUAUUCCGUGUAUUCAUUGUAUUACUGUAUGUACAUUGUCUAUUAUGAAAUGAAAACAAUUGUUGAAAAGAAUUGUUAUUAGUUUUUUAAAAUUUUUAAAACAUUGCUUUUAGAAUAUACUGCUCAUGCAAUUGUCACAUAACAAUGAAUAUAGUAUUUGGCCAAAAUUAA